AUGUUCAUUCUCACCAAAAUCGCGGAUCUGGUUCAGAUCGCACCCGACGAUUUUAAAAAACGAAGCAUCGUGGCCAUUGAAGACAACAUCAACGCCAAGUAUGCAAACCGUGUCAUUCAGAAAAUCGGACUUUGCAUCUGCCUUUAUGAUCUUCUGUGGACCUCAGAGGGGCUUAUCGGCCAUGGCACAGGCUUGGUAAACGUGAAUGUCGAGUUUCGCCUCGUCGUUUUCCGGCCUUUCAAGGGUGAGGUCAUGCUCGGCCGUAUUCGAAUCCGCACUGACUUCUUUGACGACAUCUUCGUCCCCUUUGAGGAUCUUCCCGAGGGAGCCGAGUUCAACCACCGGGAUCAGAUCUGGAUAUGGAACUGCGACGAGGAAACGCAGCUGUUCUACGACAUUCACGAAAUGGUCCGCUUCCAGGUCAUCGACGAGGAAUGGCACGACCAGGCACCGCUGGGUCCAAGCCAGUCGGACGAGGAGGUACUCCCAACGCCCUACAAGAUCAAGGGCUCCAUGGCCAUGGAUGGACUGGGUGUCUGCCUUUGGUGGGAUGGCGAAGGAAACGAGGAGCAGGAACAGGCUGUUUGA